CAGAGUGGGGACUACGACGACGCUCUUCAGGCUGCUUCGUCAAGAGGACACGAGGCUAUUGUAAGAGUGCUUCUUAACAAGGGCGCCUACAUCAACAUGCAAGGCGGAUACUACGGUAACGCUCUUCAGGCUGCUUCGUUCGAAGGACACGAGGCUAUCGUGAAACUGCUUCUUCACAAGGGCGCCGACAUCAAUAUGCAAGGCGGAUACUACGGCAACGCU